AACAUUCAAGUGAGACAGGAAUUUUAUCAAUUUUAGGGCUGCAAUGGGUCAGGCCUGGGACCAACCAUGCCAGACUCGAGCUCGGCUCAGACCUUGAGACUUAGGUGUCAGACCAGGCCCGGUCUAAACUGGCCCAUUGCCACCCCUCCCACCCACAAAAACAAUAUUCUUCUCAUUCCAAUUUGUCCAUUUGGGCUUGUUUUCCGUGCAGCCCACAUGUUUGUUCAGUUCCAAAUGAAGUCACGCCAAAAACCGAUUCAGGGAACUUCCAAAUGCUGCCUUGGGUAUUCCAUGAGCAAUAUUAUAUUCUACUCACUGCAAUUCCUGCCUAUUUGCAGAGAUGACCUCGUCAUCGGUGCUGGUAGCAAUGCCGGAGCUCUUCUGGUUGAUGGCCUUGGUGAUGGAGUAUUCUUGGAAGCCCUUGGCCAGGAUUUCGAUUUUCUAAGAAACACAUCCUUCAAUUUACUCCAAGGCUGUAGAAUGAGAAACACAAAAACGGAGUAUGUCUCGUGCCCAUCCUGUGGACGGACUCUGUUCGGCCUCCAAGAGAUAAGUGCCGAGAUAAGAGAGAAGACGGGUCACUUGCCUGGUGUUUCGAUUGCAAUCAUGGGUUUCAUUGUAAAUGGGCCAGGAGAGUUGGCAGAUGCUGAUUUUGGGUAUGUAGGUGGUGCUCCUGGCAAGAUUGACCUCUACGUUUGGAAGACGGUGGUGAAGCGAGCGAUUGAAAUGGAGCACGUGACUGAUGCCUUGAUUCAACUGAUUAAAGACCAUGGCCAUUGGGUGGACCCUCCGUCCGAUGAGUAGAAUCCGUCAAUACCUAAUUGCACCAGAAAUAGCCUAGUUGAAGAAGCUCCGUUCAAGGAUAACAUAGAUCUUUAGAAAUAUCAUCCUCUACAGCAAAUGCAGACAUAGUGUAAAUGGCAAGAAAUCAAGGGAGAUUUCCGCCAUAGGAGCUACUGAGUGCAAGUUCUAGUGUAUCAUCUGUUCUCGAGGAUAUAUGAUUGGGAAAUCAAACACCCACAUCCGCAUGAAGUUGUAGUUA